CUUCUUUGAAUUUUUCUCGAACUGAGUGAUAUUUCCAAAUUAAAAAAAGCAUUGCUCUUUGGUGGGGUGGUAUAAAUUGAUUUUUGGAAUGGAGCGACAUUUGAUCCCAAGUAGUUUUAACUUUUUUCGAAUAAUUUUUCUGAGUUUUUAAAAUUAUAAUAAUUAAUUUAUUUUUAGUGAUUUAAAUGUGCAAAUGUGUUUAAUGAGAAUUAAUGGAAUUUAUGAAACCAAAAUACCUUUAAUGUUUAAAACAAUAUUUCAUAGUGGUGUAAAUUGUAAUAUUGAUGGGAAAAAUGUUAAUAAUGAAUUGAGUUUGGAACAAAUUAAUAAGAUUGAUAACCCUUCAAUUUUUCAAUUUUCUGAUUUUAAUUUUUCAUCUUUACCAAUAAUUUAUUUAUACGAAUAUUUACAUUCUGGCCGGUUAAUUUUGUCUUUAUUUAUGCCAAAAUUUGGAAAAGCUUUUAUUUUUGUUGUAAAUAGAGAACCUGUUGAUUUGUUAAAUUUAAAUAAUUUUUAUUUGAAUGAAUUGAAUCGAUUUAUAAAUCAAAAAUUAAUUAACGAAGAUGAAUUUAUUGGUUUAGAACAAUGCAAAAAAAUUUCAUCAAUAGAAACCUACCAAAAUGCAUCAAUUAAAGAUUGUUCUCGGCAACUUUCAAAAUUAAUUACAAGCUUAAAAUUAACAAAUGUUGAACCGUUUUUACUUUUAAUUCAGUCAAAUAGAGUAACAAAGCAAUUGUUAAAGGAUUUCCCUUCACUUGUUGCUUUCCCAAACGUUACUUUAAAGGUUACUGAACCUUCUAAUUUGAUGAAUAUAUUGGAUUGGGCUAAUACUAUUGUUAAACGAUCUGUUCAACACUUUUUUAUUUGUUUUACUUAUUUGAAGGUUUUUUUUAAAUUUUUGAAAUUUUUGGGAAUUUUUUUUUUUGAAAAAUCCCUUUUAAGGCCUAAAAUAAAUUUAUUUAAUGUUUUUGCCUUAUAUAUAAGGUAA